GUACAAAGAGAAAGGACAGCGAUGACGGUUUGGACAUCGUUACCGAUCACAUGAGCCGCGUUCAUGUGACCGCAUCACGUGAUUUCGGGGCGUUUACGUCAAACGAAACGAUAAAGUAGGCUGAUCGGCGUGUUUGUGUCUUUAGAGACCGACGGUGACGGAGGGGAACCUGGAAGUGAAGACCUGAUCACAUCGUAGCCGACGAACCGGUUCAGACAUAAUGUUUCGUGCGGCCUUCCUGCUGUUGGCUGCUGGCUUUUCAGUGAGCCUGGCCAGACCCCACCUCCAUGCUCUCUCCAGUGAGAUGGUCAACUACAUCAAUAAGCUCAACACUACCUGGAAGGCUGGGCACAAUUUCCGUGAUGUUGACUACAGCUACGUCCAGAAACUCUGCGGCACAAUGCUGAAGGGCCCCAAACUGCCACUCAUGGUUCAAUAUGCUGGAGAUUUGAAGCUGCCUAAAAACUUUGACUCUAGAGAGCAGUGGCCCAACUGUCCGACCAUAAAGGAGAUCAGGGACCAGGGCUCCUGUGGAUCCUGCUGGGCGUUUGGCGCUGCUGAGGCCAUCUCCGACCGCGUGUGUAUCCACAGCCAGGGCAAGGUCAAUGUGGAGAUCUCCUCUGAAGAUCUGCUGACCUGCUGUGACAGCUGUGGCAUGGGAUGUAAUGGUGGAUACCCCUCAGCUGCCUGGGGAUAUUGGACCCAGGAGGGACUGGUCACUGGAGGUCUCUACAACUCUCACAUUGGUUGUCGGCCGUACACCAUCGAGCCCUGUGAGCACCAUGUGAAUGGCAGCAGACCUCCCUGCUCUGGAGAGGGUGGAGACACCCCCCAGUGUGUCCAGCAGUGUGAAUCUGGAUACUCACCCAGCUACAGCCAGGACAAGCAUUAUGGUAAAACCUCCUACAGUGUGGAUGACAGCGUGGAGCAGAUUCAGACUGAGAUCUUCAAGAAUGGCCCAGUCGAAGGAGCCUUUACAGUCUAUGAAGACUUCCUAAUGUACAAGUCUGGUGUGUAUCAACACAAGGCUGGGUCUGCUGUGGGUGGCCACGCCAUCAAAGUCCUGGGCUGGGGCGAGCAGGAUGGCGUUGCCUACUGGCUCUGUGCCAACUCCUGGAACACAGACUGGGGUGAAAACGGAUUCUUUAAAAUCCUGCGUGGAGAAGAUCACUGUGGUAUUGAGUCUGAGAUUGUUGCCGGAAUUCCUAAAUAAACCAAAGGUUGUGAGCUGCAGUGUCUUAUCCAUGAUCACUAGAGGGCAACACACUCCUGCUUUUAGUCAUUACACAUGAAGCCCACUGAUCAACGUUUACAUUGGGGUUAGCAGAAUAAUGGUCACUAUGUGCCGAGCAGAUUAUCACCUUGUUUAAACUGAAGGUGGUUCUUUCGAAUCAUCUGUAUAAGGUUCUGCUGCUUUCCCCUUUUAAAGCAAGGAAGAUUAAAAUGUUUGACAUGAGUGGUUUUAAACACAUGCAUGCACAUUCAAUCUAUAAUUUCUCAGGCAAUUUGAGCAGUAGAUGAUUUUAAACAAACUAUGACAUUCUGCUUAAUGCAGCAGAAGCCAGUUUAACUGAAUGUUCCUACUUUUUUAUAAUUGAAGCUUUUAUAUAGAAUUCCAUUUUAGUACUCUGUGCCACAAAGCCACUCAAUAAGGCGUAGACAUAAUCUUUGUUACUGGUGCCUGUUAGUGUUUUUAAACUAUUCGUUUUUAAACAAACUGUAUCAUUGGACAUGAGAUGUGUUGUCUGCCAAUAAUAUUUGCACAUAUGUUCUGAACUAAAUAAAACAAACUUUGAAUCCCA